AGUCUUGAUUAUAUUCUCUCUGAUACAAGAAGUGAACGCUGAAGAUCGACUGAGACGAUGGAGACACCAAGGGUCCUCGUGAGGAGUUUAACUGUUGUGGUGGUCAUUGCAUCUGUGUUCUGGACUACAACAGCUGCAGCUGAAGGUCAAAAGCCAGAUGCACAUAACUGCUGUAAGAAACUCUCCUCAGCAUUGGUGAAUGAUCCCAUCAUCAGUUUCAGGUUGCAGCGUGAAUCUCUUCCAUGUGUGAAGGCCGUCAUCUUGGAGACGGAGCGGGGAGAUUUCUGCAUUGAUCCUAGACAACGAUGGGUGCAGGAGAAAGUUAAGCAGUUUCUAAGAUCUCAAAGAAACAAACCCCAGACAACUCCAACAUCCUCUACUGAUAAAGUAGUUUUUUAAGUUAAACCCAGCUAGUAUUCUUUAGUGGGCAAGAAAUCAAACACACGUCACACAAACAUCAUCUAUUAGAGACUGAACUCAUGUGAGGAUCUACUGAAGAAACGAGUGACUAAAACUCUUCACAAUUUAAAGAAAUUAACACUUUUAAACUUUUUUAAAAAAAAUAUGACAGCUUGCUUUUGUUUUUAGAAAAUGUUUGUACCUUAUUCAUUUUAAUUGAAUAUUUGAAAUAUUAUGUAUGUUGUCAGAUAAAUGUAGUGCAAUGUGACACUGACAGAUCAAAUUAUUAUUUAGAAACUAAAUUAUGAACUGUUACAAAAGAGGUUAAAAUUAAUAAAUAAAAUAUUAGUAUAUAUUAUAUUUCACACUGAAAUAUAUUUAAAUCCUGGUAAAAUCAAGAAGACUUGUUUGAGAACAUAAAUGGAUUUUUUUGCAAUGUAAUAAUUGGACAACUGCAGUCUGAAACUACAAAUAAACUGAUCAGCAUC